UUCCCUACAUGUGACAUCAAAUUUUACAAGUUGGUGACUUUUGUAGCUUUCAGGAACAUUGAUCGUCUUCAGGAAAGCUUCCUCAUGCCUCCUCCAUCCUCCUUUCCUCUCCUCCUCUUCCUCCUGCUCCACCUGAGCGCUGACGUCCGGAGCUACGAGGCCCCCAAGGACAAGCAGGAUGUGUACGCUAGAAAAGCCUGUCCCGCCUUCCUGACCUUCACAAACGCUGCUUACCUGGCUGGAGUCACCGUGGAGCUGCCCUGCCACUGCAAACCUCAACAGGUUCAGUCAGUCGUGUGGUUCUUUAAGAAACGCCUGGGCGGCUCAGAGGAAACCAAAGCUCUGACUGAUCUGCAUGGCAACAAGCUCCUGGACCCUCGCCGCGUCCCUCACAGCGGGGACCUGCAGAGCCGCUUCUCCAUCCGCCUCUUCAGCCUCCUCAUCUUCAGGGCGGGGACCGACGACUCCGGCAUCUACAUCUGCGGCUCUGCACAGAGAGACUUCUUCUACGCUUACGAUCUGGACAUCCAGGAGGCUCGGACGCUCAGCUUCAUCCAGAGGCUCCCUCCAGACGACAUGUCUAAAAAACCGACAGUGAGAAAAGACCAGGGCUCUGCUAAGCUGCUGUACCAGAUGUUCACCAGCUUCCGGCCCUGGUCGGUCUGCGAUCGCUGUGGACUUCCAGGAGAGCAGGUCCGCGUGGGACUCUGCUACGUCCAGUCCAAGUUCCUGCAUGUGCGCUACAGACGGGCCAAUCAGACGGUCGCUUCAUGUGGCUCGGGAGCAGUGCCCGAGGCUUUUGGAAAGGUGAGAGGAAACAAAAACGGGGCCAAGCUGGAGGUUAAAAGCUGCCAUGUGACGUGUCCAAAACGAGGUCCUGCACCGUCCAAAAUCCUCACCCUGAUGAGGUUCCUCGGGUUCAAUUCAGGCUCCUUCCCAGUAGAGGUUCCAGUGUUCUACCUGUCUCAUCCUGCAGACCGAGUCCUGACCCUGGGCUGUCCUGGGGCAAGACCUAGCAUGGCUGUGGCCUGGGACCGGAAAUCUGAACCCAUCUAUCGAUUUGCACACCCAGCAGGUCGUAACGGCAGCAACACAAACCCCCGACUGGUGAUCGACACGGGACACCACCUGGUCUUCAAUCCUGCUAAAACUCAGGACUCAGUAGGAGUCUACUACUGCUGGCUGCAGGGACAACAAGCCGCCGAGAUACGCCUGCUGGUCUACACACAUUUUGGGCGCAAACAAUCUGUGACAUCACAUCCUGAUUUCCCCGUCGCCCUGAGUUUCAUACUGAGAUCGUAUGCGGUCAUGACGGCCGUGUUUACCUCGCUGCUGGUGUGCAGAGCCGGACUCAGACACCUCAGAGACACCAGAGAAACACACGAUGAAUAAAGUCUCUUAAAUCCUCAGACAUCCAGAACUCAAA